AUGUCACUUUUACCUAAUUUUUAUUUUCCAUCCGUACAGACCAGCGUUAACGUUCAGCCGUCCGAUUUUACAACGCGAUACGUGGAUCCCGAAGGCGUUCCAAUUCCGAAUGCAGGACAGGCCCUUCUCGGGGGCUCCUCUAAUGCGCCGAAAUUUGGCACUCUCAUUCCAAACCGCAUCUUUGUUGGCGGAAUCCCCUCGAAUACCACCGAACAGGAACUCAAGACAUAUUUCUCUAGUUUUGGCCAAGUAAAGGACGUAAAGAUCAUCAACGACAGACUCGGCGUCUCCAAGGGAAGCUACGGUUUUGUCACUUUUGAGAGUCAAGAAGUGGCCGAGAAGAUAAUUAAAAACGAAUCCGAAACGCUAAUUUUUAAAGACCGAAAACUGAACAUCGGACACGCCAUUCGCAAGCAGCAGCUCUUUCCACGUCCAGCCGACGUCCCACCAGCUCUCUUCUUUGCCGGCGGCGCGAUUCCCUGCGGCUUUCAGAGCGGUUUGCCGGUCUUUCCGCUGACCGGCCAGGAUUACUCUGGUCUACUCGCGCAGCCCGGGUCAGCUUACCAGCAGAUGUUGCUGCAACAGGCCAACGGCGCAGUGUACCUUUCGCCGCAGGCCAAUCACGCGGCGGCCGCCGCCCAGUACUCGGCGGCUCUCCAGUCGCACUUGGCGGCUGCUGCUGCCGCUGCUGCAGCCCAGCCGAAUGCCGCUACCGCCGCUGCUUUUGCCACUUUGCAGCACCACCAGCAGUACCAGCAGGCCUCGCUCACGGGUGAGCUUCUCGCUUCUCCUCCUCCUCCGAAGCCCCCGCAGGCUCUGACGAAACACGCUUUUCCCCCCUUCUCCUCCAUUGUAGGGCCGCUUGCCGCUGCCACCGCUGGAGGUCAGACGUCUCCAGCUGCCGUCAUGGCGGCUGCGGCGGCCGCUGUUGCGGCUGCUUCGCAGUGGUCGAACGCCACCAACACCACCGCGAACGGACACCAGUCGUCCCCCGCCCUCCCGGCCCCGCCACAACUAACCCCAACGCCGUCGGUGUCUGUCAGCCAGCACUCGUCGGCCGCGCUGGGCGGUGUGCUCGACGCCCAGUCGCCCCAGGUCGCGGCUCUGGCGGCUGCGGUCGCCGCGCAGCAACAACUCGCUGCCGCGGCUUGGAGGUGGCCUGCGCCGCAGCAGAACGGCGGCGCUGUGAUGCCGCCCUCGGCAUCGACUUCUACAAAUGGAUCCACCGGCCAGCAGCAACAGCCACAACAGGUGAGUACGGGUCUUUACGAGAACCUCUCGUGGUUUUACCAGCAACCACCACCACCACCAGCACCUCCAACAUCGACGACAGAGUCUUUCCGCCUGGACCCAGCAGUGGUCGCCAGUUUUGCGGCUGCACUGACGGCCAACUGCCAGGCCUCCGGAGACACUAGCACGGAUGAAGCGCACUAUCCUCUUUCCCGCUUUGCCCCACCGCCGCUGCUAUUGCAUUCGCCUCAUAUCCACCAUGAUUUGCACCAACCACCACAACAGCUGGUAUUCCUGCCUACCCAGGCGACGUUUGCGUCAAAUGCCACCACGACAAGCGACUAUAGCACUGACCACAGUGCCCAUUCCUCGGGCCUUUUGGAAACGGUAGAGAUUUGGCCUCUCUUUCUCUCCCUUGCUUAUCUCACCUUACAGCCAGGUAUUUUUCAUUGUGACGGCAUUAUGAGUCCACAACAACCGAUUCAGCAUCCACAGACAUCGUCGUCAACACUUGCGAAUGUGUACACCCCUGCUGUGUUCGAGGGAGGAAUAGCCGCUGCUUCAAGUCCCGCCAUCGCAAACAACCAUCUGGUACCACCGCCGACACAGCAACUUAUCUCACAGAAACUCUUUUCGACGACCCACACCAAUUCCGCAGGUCAGACCUCCCAACAGGGUUCCCAAACUCCACACCUUUAUGGCACCCCCACUCCCCAGCCCAUCAUUCUUGACGUCUACCCAGGAAAUAUUCCAUUGGCACCGAUGAAACAAGGUCUGAUUCUGUCUGCUGAGAACCUCAUGGGAGCUCAGGUUGAUCACAAUGCUGCUUCUGCUGGAGUUUGCAUGAAACAAAACGGUGCUGGUAAUCGUGGGGGCACAGCAGCCAGCCCGAAGAAGCUGGCUACUGUCAACGGUACAGGGAAUUCCGGCGGGCGCGCAAUCUAG